AUGCUAGAACCAGCAGAGGAGCGCAGAAAGAUUGGAGAAGUCCUUUACGGCCAGGGGGACAAUUCAACAUCAUGGAUGUACGAGCAGCCCAAGAAGAACGCAGAGGAUUUCCUCCUUGGAAAGCCCGUAAAGAGUCUCGAAGAACUAGCAGAAAUCAGCCGAGAUGACGCCGAGGAGACUCCGGCUCAACGUCUGGCUAGGCUCGAUAUGCAGGCCAAAUAUCGUGAGGACCCUCUCAAUCUCAUGCGGCAGCAUGAACUUGAUAAACGCAAUGCCCUCCUACAAAACACAGCGAAAAUGAAGAAGCUCCAGCGUCUGAUCGAAAAGCAAAAGCGUCAACAGAUGAAAAGGGAUCAGCUACAAAAGCGGAAGGGAGACAACUCGAAGCACCACCACCACCGCCGCCAUCACCAUGAGAGUAAAGACAACAGUCUUUCAUCUUCCAGUGAUUCAGAAGACGACGCCAUCCUAGACAAGUUUAUCAGUCUGCUACAACAGCAAGAACCCGGAGCUAACGUGGGUUGUGGCGUGGACUCGCUACAGCGGCAUAUGGAGAAAGAGAAAGAAGAAAAAUCUUCAAAGAAGAAAAAGAAGAAAAGCAAUGAGCAUGCAACGAAGAAGAAGCACAAACACCACAAGCACCAAGAUCGAGAAAAGCAUUCCUAUAAGCGGUCCGAAUCUCCUGUGUGGACAGAAGAAGGCAAGAAGGCAUCGCUGUCCGGCUCUCCUGCCCCCAUAAUUGGACGCGCAUCCCCCUCUCCCACACACAGAUUGCCACCGACUGCUGGGAAACGACGGCUCUCGCCGCCACCGCCUGGGGAACGA